UCGCAGACUGAGGCCUCUGCGCAUCAAGUUAAGCAGCUGCUCGAACUCAAAUUCCAGAUACCAACAAUAGCAACAACAACAAUUUACCGAAAUUUGUGAUUGUUGAACCAUUCUCGUGAUGAGAAAUUGAACUCAAGUGAUACCUAGAAAUAUUGUUUUUUCAAUUGAAAUUCAGAAAAUCAGUCGAAAUUAGAAAAUCAAAUAAAAAUAUAAAUCAAACAAGUCAAUCAUAAAAAUCGAAUAAAACCGAAUUUAAGGAGAAAAACUAUUCAAAUUGUUAAUCCAUCUAAAAACUGUUUUAACCCAUAAAAGGACGUGAACAAGGAUGCCUGAAGUGAAUAAUUUCAAACGCAAACGUGCAAAUCGAUCGUCAAGUAUCGUAAACCCAGAUGGAAAUUGUACGCCCAGUGACAGUGAGACGGACGACGAAGAACAUAAUCGAUUGUAUCAGCGCAAAAUCGUUCGACGGCAGUCAAUUAGCGACGACAAUGGAAGAGCUCAAAUCGAAGAUGAAUCAAGCAAUUCAAAUUUGUCAGCCGAUAGCCGGAAUCAGGGCAAUAACCAACUGUUGUACGCUGCAUUGAGGAAAAUACAAGAGCUCGAAAAUGAAUUGGCUGAAUUGGACGAAGCGGAUUAUGAUUCCGGUCAUCAAGACGAAGAGGACGAUAUUGAUGAAGGAAAUGGCAGCGAAACGGAAGAAAAUCAUGAACAUCGCGACGAAAUAUUGAAUGGUCAAGCGGAAGCGCUGGGCUUUGCAUUUUGUGUGAAAGAAACAUUUGAAUAUUUGGCUGCACAAGGCAUUACCCCAGACAACCCCAUUGUGACCUCGCUACGUGAUCGCUUCCUCGGUCAAUGCAACCAAGUUCAAUUCCAGUGAAAUAUACGACCAUAAUCAAUAUAAACUCUACCACAAAUCCAUCCCAUCUAGUCAGUCUGAGCAAACGCGGUUACCGAAUUUGAAUAUACACCGAUCAUCACAUUGAAUGGACGAUUUCAAUCCAUUUCGGAUUUCGUUCAUUUUCAAGUAUUUAUUAAAGGGAAACUUACUCAAAUUCACUUAUUUUAGUCUUCAAUUUUGAAUUUUACGUAAGUUUUCAAACAAAUAUGAAAGAAGAAUAAAAAAAGGAAGAAUUAAUUUAGGAACUAGAAAAAGAAAGAAAAAAAUCGUACAGAAUUUUAUCGAAGAAAAAAGCAGGAAAAAAAUUUCAAGUUAAAAAUCGAAGAUCUCGGUAGCGAUUUUGCUAUGAAAUUAAUGAAAUAAAAAAACCGUACCGAUCUCAUAUUUUACACUAGCAAAUAGCAUAAAACUCUCCAUUGUACUCUAGUAGUAGUAAAUCCAAAUAAUUCAAUAGCAACCGAUAGACAUGAAUUAAGAAUCGCUUAAGGUAGACCAAAAUAUUUUAG